AUUAUAUUAGGCUAUACUCUGUACCCAAUAGGAUCAAGGCUGAAUCACCUGUUCAUUUCUGUGUAUUGGUUACUUUUAAAAAUUAAAAAUCUAGGCUAAGGAUAAUAAUUACGAAAAGCUAGUAAUUAUUAAAUACCAACAUUCGGCUAUCCCUACUAAAAUUUACUUAUCUUGCAUCAUAUUGUACAAUGGUUUGUUGUUUUAAUGAUGGUAAAGCCUAACCUUACAAUUAGUCUAUUACUUUGAUUUGUAACUCUUUUCUCAUAAUUACUUGUUAUUAGAAAUUACAAACAAUUAUUAAUAUUAAGGGUGUUAGGGAGAGGAUAUCCUGAAUUCUGGUCAUACAUUGCUAAAAAUAACCCUUUACAAAAUGAAGAAGAUGAAGCCAGUUGUUCCAAAACCAAAAAGUAGACGCAAGAGCAAGUCAGAGGAGAGUUUAAACCAAUGCUUGAAUAGAAUACCUCAGAGAAAAGCUUCAACACCAACACAUGAUCGAAGCACGUUGUCCAACUCUCCGGAUAUUUCCAGCAUUAUGAUAAAUGAAAAUAGAUUAGAAACUUCAAGAAAGCAAGUGAUGAAAUCCAAUAAACAAUUGAAUUCAAGUCUUCCCAGGAAAACAGCUGUUUCAGAAGGAAUAAAUCUUGAGCAAGAACUGGAUUUUGAAUACACCCGCUAUAUACAAACGAUUUUCAGAAAGAAAUUGGAAGAAAAGAAAAAUGCUGAAAUUGAUACUGAACUAAUAAAAUUGCAAAAUAGAAUUGAAGAAAAUCAAAGAAUACUUCGUAACACUACGUCUCGGCUCAAGAACAUAAAUUUCAACAAAGAAGUUGAUUUUCUGCACAGCCUGCAUAGUCCUAAUUUCGCCAAAGUACUAGAGACAGUGAACGAGGGCAACUGUGAGGAGCGGCUGACUGUCCUCAACCAGAAACUGGAGCAGGCACGCCAUCGGCUAAGAGUAAACAAGAUGGAAGUGCCACCCACAGCGACACUGGCAGAAUUAGUCUCUGAUACUGUAGAGGCGUUGGGGAAAUUGAAAACAAAUCAAGAUGUUGAAACAAUGAAAACGCUGACAGAGCUCAGCAAAGUGAAGAAAUCAACCGCUAAUGCCAUUCUUAAAACUGUAAAUAGUCUUCCUGUGUCUGAAGACCUUCUAUUAACAAAAACUACAUUGGAAAUCAGUGCUCAAGAUUUACUGGCCCAAAACUCACUGUCACUUGAUGUAGAGACUCAGCAGAGCCACAGUGAAAUCCAAGAGCAAACAAGAUCACUUGAUGUAGAGGCCCAAAAUAGUUAACAGGAAAUUCAAGUGUGCAAAUUAUUUGAUGCUGUAGAUCCAAAACUCAAGCACCAACAAAUUCAUUUAAUUUUAAUAAUUCACAAAGAAUUUGAUUGUGUUAUGUCAAUUGCACCCUUUGUAGAUUAAGGUUUUUAUAUUUUCUCUAUUUAUUGAAUUUGUUAAAAUAUUUAUGAUUAAAAUUAUUGUUAUAUACAAAUUUUGUUAUCUGCAGGUUAGUUUCCAUUCACCAAUUGUAUGAAUCUUAGUAUUUUAGAUGCAAAUGUUUGCAAACUUCUAAUAAUUAAUUUAUUAUACACAACUAAAUAUUGACUUUUCUGGAAAAAUGUUUUGUUUCAUAGUGUAAACAUACAUGUUCUAUUUUGUUCUACUUUACAGAUCACUUUGUCCUACAUUUUUUACUAAAUA